GCUCCUUGUCAAGCUGGGCACUAUGCAAUACCUCCUACUUUGUGCUGCCAUCCUCCUCCUACCUGAGAGUCUUGCUUUACCAGUACAAUUUAAACCAGAAUCAUGGAGCAACACAGACUUAGAGAAAGUAAAGGCAUAUCUUGAUAAAUUCUAUCCAGUUUCUACAAAACAAAAAAGCCUAACCUUAGAAGAGAGGAUUAAAGAAAUGCAGAAGUUUUUCCACCUGACUGUAACUGGGAAAUUAAAUGCAGAAACAGAAGAAAUGAUGAAACAGCCCAGAUGCGGAGUCCCUGAUAUAGCAGAGUACAACACAUUUCCUGGAAAUCCAAGAUGGAGAAAGACACAUUUGACUUACAAGAUUGUCAAUUACACACCUGAUCUACCCCAAAAGAAAGUGGAUGAUGCAAUUAGAAGGGCUUUUAUGGUAUGGAGUGAUGUGACUCCACUGCAGUUCCAAAGAGUAUUCAAUAGACCUGCAGACAUUGUGAUUGCAUUUGCACGUCGUGAGCAUGGUGAUGGAUACCCUUUUGAUGGAAGAGGCAACACACUAGCUCAUGCAUUUGCACCUGGAGAAGGACUUGGUGGAGAUGCUCAUUUUGAUGAUGAUGAAAGGUGGUCAGAGUUCAAUAGAGAAGUUAAUUUGUUCCUUGUUGCUGCUCAUGAAUUUGGCCAUUCUUUGGGACUUGGUCAUUCAAAUGUCCCUGAAGCUCUGAUGUACCCUGUCUACUCAUAUGUGAACCCAGCAACCUUCAGACUGUCAGCAGAUGAUAAGCGAGGAAUUUGGAAGUUAUAUGGGAGAAAAUCAUCAAACUCUUAAAGAAAGUGCUUCAAAAAGACCAAAGAAUUCUGAACAUCUGAUUGUUCUGAUGUUCCAAAACAACUUUAUUCUGUAGCUAAUUAAAGUGGUAAACUCCUGGACUGCAUAUUCCCAGAAUUUUUACACUGAUUUAUUUGCACUUUAUUAAUUUCACUUGACAAUUAAAAAAACUCCA